GGCUCCUCGCACCAUGUCCCGCAUCGAGUCGCUGGCGCGGGCGCGGAGCGAGCGGGCCAAGGAGGGCGCCUCCAAGGGCAAGGAGAAGGAAAAGAUGAAGGAGGGCAAGGAGAAGGACGCGCGCUACACCAACGGGCACCUCUUCACCACCAUCACGGUGUCGGGCAUGACCAUGUGCUUCGCCUGCAACAAGAGCAUCACGGCCAAGGAGGCUCUCAUCUGCCCCACCUGCAACGUCACCAUCCACAACCGCUGCAAGGACACGCUGCCCAACUGCACCAAGGUGAAGCAGAAGCAGCAGAAGGCCGCGCUGCUCAAGAACAGCUCGGCGCUGCAGUCGGUGUCGCUGCGCAACAAGACCGCCAUCCGCGAGCGCCCCAACUCGGCCAUCUACCCGUCCGAGAGCUUCCGGCAGACGCUGCUGGGCUCGCGCCGCGGCCGCCCGUCGCUCUCGCUCUCCAAGAGCGUCUCCACCACCAACAUCGCCGGGACCCUCAGCGAGGAGUCUCCGCUGGGCAUCCGCCGCAUCCUCUCGCAGUCCACGGACUCGCUCAACAUGCGCAACCGCGCGCUCUCCGUGGAGUCGCUCAUCGACGAGGGCCCCGACGUCAUCCUCAACCAGCUGAUGAGCGACUUCGAGACGGACGAGAAGGACUUCGAGGCCGACUCGUGGAGCCUGGCCGUGGACAACAACUACCUGCAGCAGCACAAGAUGGACGUCAUGAAGCGGCAGGACGUCAUCUACGAGCUGAUCCAGACGGAGAUCCACCACGUGCGCACGCUGAAGAUCAUGGCCAACAUGUUCCGCAAGGGCAUGCUGGARGAGCUGCAGCUGGAGCCCGCCACCGUGCAGAGCAUCUUCCCCUGCGUCGACGAGCUGGGCCAGAUCCACGAGCGCUUCCUCGCGCAGCUCCUGGAGCGCCGCAGGGAGUCCCUGGCGCAGGACAGCAACAAGAACUUCGUCAUCAACCGCCUCGGCGACAUCCUCGUCAGCCAGUUCUCGGGCGCCAGCGCCGAGCAGCUGCGGAAGGCGUAUUCCGAGUUCUGCAGCCGCCACAACAAGGCGGUGAAGCUCUACAAGGAGCUGCUGGCGCGGGACAAGCGCUUCCAGCAGUUCAUCCGGGUGAACAACGAGGCCGACUCCGCGGACCUGUCGCGGGCGCUGAAGCUGGUGCGGGAGCUCAUCUCGGCCAUCAACGAGGAGGUGCACACGUUCGAGAUGAGCGCGCGGCUGCAGGAGGUGUACGGGCGCGUGGACGGGCGCGCCAAGGUGCCGCUGCUCUGGGAGAGCCGCCCCGGCGUCUUCGGCAGGGACGAGCUGCUGCGGCGCAAGCUGGUGCACAGCGGCUGCAUGCUCUGGAAGACGGCGGCCGGGCGCUUCAAAGAUGUCCUCGUGCUGCUGAUGACYGACGUCCUCAUCUUCCUGCAAGAGAAGGACCAGAAAUACACCUUCCCCAUGCUGGACAAGCCGGCCGUGAUCUCCCUGCAAAACCUCAUCGUGCGCGACAUCGCCAACCAGGAGAAGGGCAUGUUCCUCAUCAGCGCCGCGCCGCCCGAGAUGUACGAGGUGCACGCCGCCUCCCGCGACGACCGCAACAACUGGAUGAAGGUCAUCCAGCAGACGGUCAGCCUCUGCCCCAGCCGCCAGGACUUCCCCCUGAUCGAGACAGAGAUCGAGGCCUCCCUGCGCAAGCUGAAAGACCGCAUCCUGCAGCACGACCGGGAGAUCGAGGAGCUGCUGGAGGAGAAGGUGCGGCUCUUCGCCGACAUGCGCGCGCUGGCGGGCGCCGAGGAGCCCUCGCCCACCCUGGCGCCCCGCACCCUCUUCCGCUCCGACUCGGGCGAGGGCCCGCGGGGCGAGCGCCUCAUGCACGACGCCAUCCGCGAAGUGGAGAGCCUCAAGGAGAUGCUGGCGGGCGCCGGGCGCGACCGGGACAACAACCAUGAGGCCGAAGGCUGCUGCAGCCCCGGCGCCAGCAACGGCGACGCCUUCAACGGCGCCCCGGAGUUUUGCCGCGGCGACUCGGACGCYGGGCAGCGGGACGGCAACGGCAACCAGCUCCUGCAGAAGGUGCCGCAGGAGGAGGUGAUGCAGCGGCUCAUGAACCUCUACACGCUGCUGCACGGCCUGCAGGCGGUGGUGAGCCAGCAGGACACGCUGCUGGAGCUGCAGCUGCAGGAGGGCCCCGAGCGGCGCGAGAAGCAGGCGCGCGGCAGCGAGGCACCGGCGGCGGCGCGGGCRGGCGAGAAGCCGAGCACGGAGCUGGCGCUGCUGCAGCGGCAGCACGCGCUGCUGCAGGAGGAGCUGGCGCGCUGCCGGCAGCUGUGCCAGGAGCGGGCGCAGGAGGCGGCCGCGCUGGAGUCGCGCCUGCGCGACAGCGAGCAGGAGCGCCUGGGCCCCGGCGCCGCCGCGGGGCUCUCCUUCCAUCCCGCCUUCGCCUCGUGCCCCCGCGAGCCCCUCGAGUACCGGGGCGAGCCCGAGCGCCUGCGCGACGGCGGCGACGCGCUCGACGCGCUGCUGGAGGACGACGCUCUGCCCGCCCGGCGCUCCCCGCCCGCCAGCCCCCGCGAUUUCCUGCGGAUGCAAGACAUUCCCGAGGAGGUGGAGAGCAGCCAGGAGCUGAAGGAGGGAGACGGCGGCUCCCCGGACACUUAGGGACCGGCUCRACCCCCCUGGAGCAGCCGGGUCCGGACGCGGGGUGUGGGGAGGGGCGGGGGCA